CUCUUUUACCCUUCUCUCCCUGUCUCUCUGUCAACUGCGAUAUUCAUGGUAGCCGACGCUAACUUCAGACUUCAGAGUUUAGUGGGAGAGAAAAGCUAACGAAAAUAGAGAAAAGAGAGGGGGCGGGGGCGGGAAAGGAGCGAAGAAAGGAGUAUACUUGGUUAUGAUGAUAGAUUCAAUUGACAAAUGCUUUUGUAAUAUGCCUUAAUGUCAUUCUUUAUGCCUGUAGAUGAUUUUCUUUUGGCUGUUUCUGUAAAUAAGGUUAGCUGAACGUAAGUCAGCUGGUUUACAUGUUUGAAAAUAGUACUGCAGUCCAUACUGUUGCUUCCUGCAGAUUUGGGCACAACGAAAGAUGCAUUGUGCCCUUCGAAGAACCCGUAGCAACACUCAGAAAGUUUCAGACGGAGGAAAGGGUUCUAUACUGAGGAAAUCUUCAGAAUUAAACGGCUGCAGAACAUCUACAGAGGGUUGUGAAAGCUUAUCCCUUGUUUGUAGGAAUUCUGACCAUAGGCUUGCUUUCGUGACGUUCCUUGUGCUCGAACCCGAUGGACAAUGGAAAAUUGUUGCACUGCCAUUGCAAUUCCGUGAUCACUCAAGCCAAUUGGAAUCUGGAGGUCAUGUGAAAAUGGAUGGUCUCCAUCUGGUUUCCCCACCACAUAUAAAUUCAUUCAAGGCUGAUCGACAGAAGGUGCAGAGAGGACCUCCCCAUGAUAAUAUAUUCUCUGUCAAACCAUAUACAGCAAGAAGCUUUUCUGGAUCAAAUGUGCAACAUAAAGCUCGAAAUAAGGCCUUGGUAAAUACUGCAGCUAAAUUUAAUGAACUAUCUGGUAAUUCUUGUCCAAAUCUUUUUUCGGGUGGUGAUUCCUCCAGCUUAAUACUGAGUGGCUGUACUGCCAAUGAUUCAUCUGAUAUGCCCAUUGACCAUUCCAAAGUAGGCAAAACUGUAAGAAAAAACUCAAGAAACAAGGCAAGAAAGAAGGGGAAACAGAAAAAGAAACGUUCAUGUGAUUCUGGUUCUACAGAACUUGAAGCAAAUUCUGAAGAAUAUGUCCAUGGAAGCUCAACCUCUGAAACCUGUACUAACAAUGAUAUGGAUCAUCAGAAUGAAUUUGUUUCAUGUGCAGCUGUACCGUCAAUUUUGCUGACUGAUUGUAGGGCUAAUAGACAUGAUUUUGGAGCAGAUAGUAAUGACAUAAUAAACUGUUCUGAAAAUCAUAAGAGGUGCACUCCUUCCAAUGACGAUUUGAAUGCACUGGAAGCUGUAGUACCAUCUGCAGUUCAAGAUUCUACUAAUGAACAUCCUACAGAUAAGUCAGAAAAUGGAUUGAUCUUAGAUGAAGAAGAGAACGUCUGUUGUGAUGAUUCACAUUCUCAAAUUUUCUCUGAUAUGCCUGAUUCUAUUUUGUUGGAUCCAGUCUCUGUUGGUUGGAACAGUGAUGAUAGCACUACUGCCGGUGAUGAUGAAAAAGCAUCCAAUGGGGAAAGCAAUGUAACUAAUUCUUCAGAACCACCUGGUUACCCUUCUAGAAAGGGAUGCUUUUCUCAUCUAAAUUCCUUGAAUGGUGUUGUAGAUUCCUAUAAUCAUGCUGUAGGAGUGUGCUGUCAGGUCCAUAACAGCCAAAACACACAGUUGGUUUUACCAGGUAAGAGAGGUACGGAAGCUAAAAGAGCACCCAAGAAUUCGAAUGUCCACAUAGUUGGCAGUGUUGGAAAUUUGCAUAGCCGCACUGGGAAAGAAAAUAAUCAUUCUGUGUGGCAGAAGGUUCAGAAGAAUGAUGCUACUGAGCUUGAUUAUGAAGUGAAGAAAGCUAAUCCAGUUUGCUCAGAUUUCAGUGUUUCUUCGAAAGAGGACCCUGUGCUUAAAAGAAAAUCUAAUGCCAUUGAGUCAAAUAUAUUAUCAAAACCUGAAGAUAAAAAGUCAAAUGUUAAGUCUUCUAGAAACCUUAAAAAGAAAAGUAGUCAAGGAUCAAAACAAAGUUUCAACUGUUAUUCAAAGAAGGGAUCUCAUACUGUAAAGGUCAGCUCAAAUGCUCCAGAAGAGAUUAAUUUGCAACAGAAUGAAAUAUUGAAUAUCCCAGCUGAGGUGAACAACAGCAAAGGAUUUGCUAGUGUUCUUCAAAUUGGUUCUCCAAGCAUUGGUUUUGGAAGCGAAGGCGUUGAAUGUGUGGCCUCUGAAACAGAUGGACUACAGUCUCUUGGGCAUGUCUAUAACAGUGUUUCUUCUAUAGAUGAUCAAACCACAGAAGAUAAGAAAUGCCCAAUGCUGAAGUCGCAUGAUUCAUUGAACCAGUCGAAUUUUCUUGAGGUUCAGCCUCCUGUGUACUAUCCUCCUCUUGUUGGUAAUGAAGUUUCUGAAGUAGACAAAGGAGCAUCUCUUUCAGAAUGCAGCAAGCGGGACUGCAAUUCUGGUUCUGUUCUGCAGAAAUGGGUUCCUGUUGGGCUAAAACAGCCUGAGCUCACAAGCUCUGGUAAAUAUGACAUUUCAUCAUCACAUUUGGAUGCACCAGGUGCUGAAAUUUGCACUCUGAAGAAUAUUCCAGAAGAAGAAAGGGUUUCCAAUUCUCAAAAUCUUGUUUCUGCAAUGAAUACCGGUGUAACUUGCAUGAUUCAGGAUUCUGGAAGUGUAAAUUGCUAUUCAGAAAAUGAUGGCCAGACUCUGAAGUUUAGUAAUCAGAUAACCUGCAUACCUAUAGAGCACAGUAACAAGCCUGUUUCUGCCAGCUGCUCAGCGCUUUUAUCUAAUGGUAGCAUUUCUACUCUUGCUGCAGAGUCAGAUAAGAUUGCACAAGCAAUUAAUGAUGCUUGUCGAUUACGGUUGGCAUCUGAGAUUGUUCAAUUGACCAUUGGUAGCCCAAUUGCUGAGUUUGAAAGGGUUCUUCAUUCUGCUUCUCCAGCAAUAUGUCAAUCACAAAAUAUUCGAAGUUGCCAGACUUGCUUGCAAGGUCAGGCUAAUGGUGCAUCUCUCUGCAGGCAUGAGACACCUAAUAUAUCUUUAGGAAGUCUUUGGCAGUGGUAUGAAAGACAUGGCGUCUACGGGUUAGAAGUGAGGGCAGAAUAUGAAAAUUCAAAGAGAUUGGGUUCUGAUCAUUCCGCAUUUCGUGCAUAUUUUGUCCCUUUCUUGUCAGCAGUUCAGCUGUUUGGAAACCAUGAAAGUUCUACAGAUGACAAAGGAAGUCCGGGUGGUGAGAUUCUAGAGGCAUGUGAGAAGGGUGAAAUGUCAGAAGACUCUUCUAAUAUUGAUCGCCUUCCAAUAUUUUCUAUUCUUAUUCCUCAGCCUCAAGCCAUGCACACCAAGUGUUUGCUGGAUGUAAAUCAGGCGUGUAGUUCAGAAUCAUCUUUGGUGUCUUCCAGAGACGACAUAUCUGCUAAAUCAGAUGGCAAUAAAUGGUCGGAUGAUGCAGAGCUACUAUUUGAAUUUUUUGAAUUUGAACAACCGCAGCAAAGACGGCCAUUAUUUGAGAAGAUUAAGGAGCUUGUUAGAGGUGAUGGACAAUGCAAAGCAUAUGGUGAUCCAACUAAACUAGACUCCAUGGAUCUACGUGAACUUCAUCCUAGAUCCUGGUUUUCAGUCGCAUGGUAUCCUAUCUAUAAGAUACCUGAUGGUAACUUUCAUGCGGCAUUCUUGACUUACCAUUCGCUGGGCCAUUUGGUUCAUAGAAGUACUGCAAUUGAUUCCUCAAGCAUGGACGGUGGUAUAGUUUUGCCAGUUGUCGGUCUUCAAAGUUAUAAUGCACAGGGUGAAUGCUGGUUCCAGUUGAAGCAGUCUGCGGUGAGCCAGCCAGCAGAAAUACCGAGCUUAGGCCCUUCUAAAAUUUUGAAAGAACGGCUCAGAACUCUUGAGCACACGGCAUCUCUUAUGGCAAGAGCUGCCGUUAGCAAGGGAAAGCUGACUUCUGUGAACAGACACCCUGAUUAUGAGUUCUUCCUCUCUAGGCGUCGCUGAUAAUAUUCUCUAAAUUUUCAUAUUUCCAACUCAGUAGUUCUUUUUCUCUAUGCAGUUGUGUAAUAAUUAAGGAACCAAAACGGGGUACAAAUUGAAAGUGCCCAUCUAGCUCCAUAGCUUCUUCUGCUUACCGCUGUUUUUCUCUUCCAGGGUAGAACUUGUUCCAUCUGUUUAUAGUUCUGUAUGUGGAUACCCUCUUCUUCAAUGUCCCCCAAUUUUUGGAUGCUAUGAAUGAGAGAUGUCACUUUCAAGGCUUGGAAGGGGAGUACUGCUGAACCUUAUUUAGCAGUAUUUGGAUGAUGUAAAAAUAUGUUUUAACUCAGCUUAAAGGCUUACAAUUGGGAACCUUUGGCCUAGUUAAUUGCCAAUUUUAGUUGAUAAGCCA